AUGGAAGGAUCUACACUGAGAUUAAUAGUAGAAAAAGGUCCAAAAGAAGGAGAAACCAUAGAUUGCAAAGCAGGAUCAUCUUCAGUAAUCAAAAUUGGAAGAGUUAUGAAAGGUAAUACUUUCGCAAUUAGAGAUUCUGGUAUUUCAUCAAACCAUCUAGUAAUUGCUUUUAAGAAUAGUAAAUGGGUCAUUUCUGAUUUAGAUUCAUCAAAUGGUACCUUUUUGAAUGAAAAUCAAAUUAGGGCUUUAACUGAUUUUGAUCUUAGAGAUGAAGAUAUCAUUAAAAUUGGGGAACGUACUUCUCUAAAAGUUCAAAUUAUUGAAGAAGUUAGGGUUUUGACGAAACCCCAAACUAGAAAUGGUAGGGAAAAUGUUGAUUUAGUAGAGGAAGAAGAAGAGCAGGUGAGAAGGAAUCCUAGGCGACGUGCUGCUCCAAAGAAUUUAGCUUUUGCACCUGUUUCUAGUGUACCAGCUUCUUCUGCUGUUGCAGAGAGUAGGCCGAUGCGAGGAAGACCUAAGAAAGUAGAGUCUGAUGAAGCUGAAGAGAUACUGAAAGUUCCCCAAGUUCCAGAACCAAAAGUUCAGCCAAUUUCAGAAUUGGAGCAAGAGAUUGGUGCAGAGAAACAAGAAAAUGCAAUUCAUGUGGAACCAAAGAAAACACGUCGAGGAGGAGGACGAGGUACCAGAAGAGGGAGAGGUUGCAAGGAGGAAACCGUCGUUCCAGUUCUGGUUUCGGAGAACAUAGAGGUUUCUGAGAAUGUAGCUGCGGAACAGGUGAAUUGUACAGUAGAAGUAUCUAAUGGUAUUGUUGGAGAGAGCAGUAGGGUUUCGGCAGAUGAACAAAAACACACUCUAGAUGAUGUUUGUGAGGUGCAGAAGAGUCUGCUAAAUUUAAACAUUGAUCAGAAUAUGGGGUUAGAGAAAUGUGAAGAAGAGGGGAAAGAAGCUCCUGCCGCGAGGAAGAAGAGAACAACAACUCGAAGAGCUGCUCAGCAGAAAGGAAAAGCUACCGAAGAUGUUCGAAUUCCGGAUCCUGAAGAGGAUACCAGGAAUUGCGAAGAAUCAAUUUUGCAGGAGGAGGAAUCAUGUGAAGAGUUUGCAAGUACUUCAGACGGUGGUGUCAGAGAAAACUUGGUUGAGGAAAAUAAAGUUGAUUUUGAGAAGAUGACACUGGGUGAGUGGUUCGAUUACAUGGAAGUCUAUUUGCCGAAACAAAUACGCAAAACUACUGCAGAGAUUGUUUCAAGUAUGAGAGAAAGAUCGAGACAAUUCAGUCAGUUUAUGUCAGAACAGCAACAGGUGCAACAAAAAGAUGGUAAAGGUAAACAUCCCGGUGUUUAG